AUCUAAAUUAUAAGUUGUCUACAAAAUAAUAUUCUCCAUCUUGUUCUCUCCUCUCCCAAUUAAUUUCACCAAAACCCCAUCAAUCAUCAAUAUUCAUGGGUGAUGUUCUAAGCCCCUUCACAAUCUCAUCCCCUCCUCCACCCUCUUCCCCCUCAAACAAGAACAAUAGCAUGCCCAUGUUGUACUAUGGCCUAGUGGUAGUUGGAACCGCAGCCAUAGUGCUAGCCUUAUACAACCUCGUUCUCCUCCGACGCAGCCAUGCGCGCGUGUCGCGCGCACAGCAUGCAGAGUCGAAUCGAGGAGAAGGAGUUAUGGAAAGAGGAAGGAGUCUCGACAACCAGUCCAAGAACUUGUUGUCGAGCUUCAAGUACACUAAGGAAGUCGUGGCAACGAAAGAAGAGGAGGAUUUCGAGUGCCCCGUUUGCUUAUCGGUUUAUGAAGAAGGAGAAGAGAACACCCGUUGGGCCUCUUUGUUCGCCUGAGAAUUCUCGUGAUGAGUUCAUGGAAUCUGGUGGCAUCGUUGAUUGAGUUCGCAAGUGUGUGGAGUGAGGAAAAAUUAUUAGAUGAUUCCUGUGAAUUCUGUAGUUUAGAUUAAUUUUUACAUGACACAUGAUUAAAAUUAAGAACCCUAAUAAUGUGUCGGGUGAAAAAUAGUGGAAAUUAUUAUAUGAUUCGAAUCAUACAAUAAU